AAUCUCCACAGUAUUAUCCCCAAACUUUCAACCCUAUCCCUAACCAAUUAGCCACCACCACCUGCCAUCCAUUGUCACCAGCGCCACCCUUUCCUAACACCCUCCCUUCCACAUCACCUCUCCUCAAUCCCCUUCCCUCCUCCACCAAUCCCUGCCUGGCCCCUUCCCCACCUCCAUCACCUCUUCUCCAGCCUCUCUCCUUUCUUAUCGCCUCUUCUCAUUUGCCACCCCCUGCCCUGCCCUCCCUUGCCAAUGUCACCACCUUCAGCUCUCCUUGCCAAUGCCACCACCCCAAUCCCACAAAUUGCAAACAAAGAGAGAGAAAGAAUGGGCGGGAAAGCACUGGGAUAGGGUGGCAAAGGCUGAUGGUGGCGGGGAUGGGUGGAUGGUAGUGCAAUGGUGAUUGGAACUGGUGGUUGACAUUGGUAAUGCUGGCGGCAACAACAGUUUUCAGCAAGGUGAGGAGGGGGUGGCUGAUUAGGCUUUCAAGUAGAAGAUGAUGGGUGUGUGAGAAUAGACAGUGAGGAUAUUUUGAAAAUUUGUUUGAGGGACACAAUGGUAAUUAAAAAAUUGAAGAAAUGGUAUGAAUCGAGAAGAUAUGUGGUGUGCAAAUAGGUCCCAGAAAUGGGUGGUUACUAACUUUUUAUAAUACCAAAAUUGUCCAUGCCAGAUACUAAAGAAAUAAAAACAUAAAAGAUUAUUUUGAUAAAACAACUUGUGUAGUUUUUUGUUCCUUUUUUCUAAUAUAAAUUUUAUAUGUAGAGAAAUCUAUAUCCUUUCUCUUCUUUUUUCUUUAGCUUAACCAAAUAAGAGGGAGAGAAACACAAUCUUUUCUUUUAUUUUAUUUUCUCUCUUAAUGUAACAAAUAGUUUAUGUUCUUUUCUCUCUUGGAUUCUCAAAUAGAUUAAAUCCAUCCGAAGCAUUGAAUUUCAUUAUUUUGGUGCAAUUGUUAUGGUUAUUACUGGUUCUUGUGAACAUUUUGAGUUAGAUUGAUGUAGGACAAUGCUAGAUUUUGAAAAACAAACGUUAUUCGAGGGCCUAAAUAGUUAGUAAUUUGAGGUUUUAAGGGUUAAAUUGAAGAUUAGUAGGUAGGGGAAGGGAUUAGGGUUGAUUUAGGGAUGAUUGGAUAGGGUUUUAACGUUGACAAGUGCACGUUUAGUUGGCUGUGAAUAGUAACUUGAGAAUAGUAACUAGGGUAUGUGCACAAAGAAGAAGAAGAAGAAGAAGAAAGAUCUAGGAAUCAUUCCUAGAUUCCCUUAGGUAUUACACCUUGAGUUUGAUUACAUCACACAUUCUAUAAUGAAGCUUCGAAAACUCGAAAAAUUCUCUAAAAUAUCAAUUCUAUUAAAUUGUAAGCAGCACAUGACUUUUUGUUUUGUGUUGUCAGAUGUGGAGUCUGUGUCACAUCUUCUUCCUCAUUGCGCUGUGACUUUUUAGCUUUGGGAUUUGAUUUUUGCAGUGGUUGGUUUGGAUUGGGUGCAAUAGGGGACUGUGAAGGAGGUGUGAUGCAGGCCGAGAGCAGUCUUGGCCUGCAUCAAGGUGUGGAGUGGGGGGUCAGGUGGGGAAAGAGGCGUCGGAAAGUUUGGUUUUUGGUGCCUUUGUGUUGUGGAUGGCUUGGUUGGAGCGUAAUCGGCGAUUUUUUCAAGGAAUAACAACCCCAGUGCCUUGUUUGAAGAAUAAGUUUUUGGUUGCUUUGUCUUCUUAUAGGUAUCCGGGUAUGAUGGAGGAGGCAAUUGCUGAGGCUUGCCCUUUUUGUCGUGGAAAUUGCAAUUGCAAAGCAUGCUUGCGUUUAGAUCGACGUGAUGAUAACCUGAAUAAUUCAGAGUGGAAUAUCAGUUAUGAUGAUAGGAUUCGCCACGGCAAGCAUUUACUCCAUGCGCUUCUUCCAUUUCUGAAACAAUUCAAUCAAGAGCAAUUGAUGGAGAAGGAAAUAGAGGCCAAGGUUCAAGGGCUAUCUUUGGCAGCAAUAAAAUUACAAAAGGCAUAUUACAAUUAUGACGAGCGUGUGUGUUGCACCUACUGUAAAACUUUUAUUGUUGACUUCCACAGAAGCUGUCCAAACUGUUCUUAUCUCCUUUGCCUUACUUGUUGUCGGGAGAUCCGUGAUGGUCACUUGCAGGGAGGUGGUAAGGAAGUAAUCUUCCGGUAUAUUGACAAUGGGCGAUCUUAUCUGCAUGGUGGUGAUGCAUUUCCUGUUUCUUCUAGAAAGGGUGUGAUUCAGCACAGUGAAGGAAAUAAGCAGCAGCAGGGAAGGAGAAACAAGGGGGGAGAAGAAGCAAAAAAGGGGAAGAAGGGAAAAAAAAGAAAACAGAUAGAGAGAGAGGGAGGAGAUUUGGAUAUAUCUGUUGGCACAAGCUCCACAGAUCAUGAAAAGUCAACUUAUGAGUGGAAAACAAAUAAAAAUGGUAGCCUUUGUUGUCCUACAAAGAAAAUGGGUGGCUGUGGUCGUCACCUACUAGAGUUGAAGUGCUUGUUUUUUGAAGAUUGGGUUUCAGACUUGCUGAAGAAAGCAGAGGAUAUAGCUAAAAUGCACAAUCUUUUUGUCAUGCCUAGAACUUCCCUGCAACGGUGCUCCUGUUUCAAUUCACUGGGUGUCAUCAACUUAGGCAGUGGCAAAUCAUGUAAAGCAUCUUGUCAAGAAAAUUCCAAUGACAACUAUCUGUUCUGUCCUUCAGCUAGGGACAUUCAAGAUGCGGACUUAAAGCAUUUCCAGCAGCACUGGGUCAAAGGUGAGCCAGUGAUUGUGAGCGAUGUGCUUGAACAUACAUCUGGUUUGAGUUGGGAGCCAAUGGUUAUGUGGCGUGCAUUUAGACAGAUGAAACAUUCUCAGCAUUCUCAGCAUUUGGAUGUUGUGGCCAUUGAUUGCUUGGAUUGGAGCGAGGUAAAGAUUAAUAUUUGCCAGUUCUUCAAGGGGUACUUGGAGGGUCGAUUUGACAGUUGGUCGUGGCCUCAGUUACUGAAAUUGAAAGAUUGGCCUCCAUCUAAUUCCUUUAAGGAACGCUUACCUCGUCAUGGUGCUGAGUUUAUCAAUUGUUUGCCCUUCAAGGAAUAUACACAUCCUCACAUUGGUUUUCUCAAUCUUGCUGUCAAAUUGCCAAAAAAUAUUUUGCAGCCAAACUUGGGACCGAAAACAGAUAUUGCUUAUGGGGUUGCUCAGGAGCUGGGGCGUGGGGACUCCGUGACCAAGCUUCACUGUAAUAUGUUUGAUGUGGUGAAUAUAUUGACUCAGGUUAAUGCAGUAAAUCUUGCACCGGAUCAGCUUUCCAUAAUAGAGAAGUUGAAACAAAAGCACUUUAACCAAGACCAGCGAGAAAUUUUUGAGAAGCAGCAGCUUUCCCAAUUAAUGGAGAAGUCUGGGCCAGGUGAUUCUGGUAUUCAGUCAAGUACUGAUGCUGUUGCUGAAGUAUCAAGCUGCUGUGAAGUUCCUAUUUUGGGUGGUGGUGGGUCUCAUAACAUGCCUUUAGAUGAUAGACAAUAUGAUGAUGGUGGUUUUGUAAAUGCUAAAGGAGUAACUGAACAAGCAGGUGAAGUUGAUCUAUACCACGAUUUAAAUGGUGUUGUGUAUAAGAAGCUAGAUAAAGAAUGUCAUUCUGCUUUUUUAUCAGAAGAAGAUAGCAACAUUGAGGAUGAAGCAUAUGCAAGGACAAGAAAAGGUCCUCAAAUUAGAAAGCGGAAGAGAGGGAAACUACUUGCAGCUAUGCGAAGCAAGUCCAAGAAACUGAGAACUGAGUUUGAGAAAAAAAACAGCAAGGGGUCGAGCCAAAGGUGUCUCACUAGAGAAGGAAAAGAUGAUGUAUCCAAUACCCAAGGAUCUACUGACAAGGCACAAGGUAUUCCAAUUAAGGAGGUAGGAAAAGAUAAUUCUGAGAAAGUAAACAAAGGCCAUCAAAAUAGAGCUCAAGCUUCUAAAAGGAGUGAAGUGAAAAAACUGGACCAAAACAAAAGUGGGAAGAGUGCCGGAUAUUCAAAUGCACGAACAUUUUUGGAAGGGUUGGAACAUGCAGAUGGAGGCGCUGUCUGGGAUAUUUUUAGGAGACAAGAUGUUCCUAAGUUGCAAGAAUAUCUUAAAAAGCACUUCCGUGAGUUCAGGCAUAUCCACUGUUCUCCAUUGCAGCAGGUUGUUCACCCUAUUCAUGACCAGACGUUUUAUUUGACUCUUGAGCACAAAAGAAAGCUGAAGGAGGAAUACGGAAUUGAACCAUGGACUUUUGUGCAAAAACUUGGAGAUGCAGUUUUUAUUCCUGCCGGUUGUCCUUAUCAAGUUAGAAACUUGAAGUCAUGCAUAAAGGUUGACCUUGACUUUGUCUCACCUGAAAAUUUAAGCGAGUGUAUUCGUUUAUCCGAGGAGGUCCGUUUGCUCCCUGAAAAUCAUAGAGCCAAAGAAGACAAGUUGGAGGUAAAGAAAAUGGCUAUUCAUGCUAUAGACCAGGUUGUAAGAGACUUGAAGGAUUUGGCCAUAGCAUCAAAAGGAGGUGCUUUUGAGAUGAGCAAUAGUGAGCAGCUCAGUGGUUACCACGAGCCUUCUCAAACUGAUGUUGCUACAGUUGAGGAGGGGCUGGUCGAGCAUAAUGUGAUCGAGGGGGAGCCAAGAGCUGAGCCAUCUGUUGAGCUGCUUCAAUCAGAACACGAUGUGCCCAAGGUUGUACAAGUCAUGGUAGAUCUGCCAGGAGGCAUCCAGGCCAUCGAAGAACCGAAGGAGGGGCCACAGGUUGUGUUCAAGGCAAUAGAGGUCAAGUUGGAGCCAUCCAAAGGCGUUCAAGCUGUAGGAGGGCAUACAGAGCUUCAUCUUGGAGGGUCAUCAACUGAGGCUGCUCCAAUCGAGGGCGAGUCUGAAGUGGCUCAAGCUGCCUCGGUCAGUGGUUCAAGUGCAUCUUUGACCGUUGUUGGGAUUGAGGAGGGAAUUACUAUGUCCAGAAGUGAAGAUAGGGUGGUCACACUGAAGGAUGAUCAGUCAGGCUUAGAGGUAAAGAAAAUAGCUCUUCAUGCUAUAGACCAGGCUGUAAGAGACUUGGAGGAGUUGGCCUCAAAAGGAGGUGCUUUGGAGAUGAGCACUAGUGAGCAGCGGAGUGGUCACUUUGAGCCUUCUCAAACUGACGUUGCUCCAGUUGAGAAUGGGCUGGCCAAGCUUAAUGUGAUUGAGGGUGAGCCUAGAGGUGAGCCAUCAGUUGAUCUGCCUCGAUUGGAACACGUUGUGCCUGAGGUAGUAGAAGUCAAUGUAGAUCUUUCUGGAGGCUUACAGGCUAUUGAAGAACAGAUGGUUGAGCCUCAAGUUGUGUUUGAGGCAAUAAAGGUCAAGUUGGAGCCAUCCGAAGGCAUUCAAGCUGCUCCAAUCAAGGGUGAGCGAUCUGAGGUUCCUUGGUCCGAUGUGGCUCGAGCAGCCUUGGUCGGUGGUUUAAGCACAUCUUUGACUGUUGUUGGGAUUGAGGAGGGAAUUACUAUGUCCAGGGGUGAAGAUGGGGUGGUCACAUUGAAGGAUCAGUCGGGCUUAGAGGUGAAAUUGAAUUCUGAAUCUCUGUUUGCCGGGGUAAGGGAGGAGUAUCGAGCCAAACUUCUUCGCAUUUUUGAGCUGAGGCCCGAUACCUUCAUGCACCUUGGCAAGCUGAGCUCAUUGUUUGCGACGAUGGUAAUGGAGACUUUUGGAGGCUUGCUAGAGAUGUUCGAGCAAACGGAGCUAAAUAAAGCAAGCCAAGCAGACUUCAACGAACUUUUGUGCGCACUUGGAUACUUGAGGGGUGGUUUGCUUAGAGUCGAGUGGAUUGAAGAUAGAGUCAGUAAGAUGGCUGUUCGAGCAAAGUUUCAUUCGGUCCUCUCAGAGGUGAAGCUGAUUGACCAGAAGAUUGAUGAGUGCAAGGUCCAAAUCAUCGAGUACGAGGAGAUGAAGAGGAAGCUCCUUCUGGAGGCUCAUGAGUUUGAGCAAUGUGCAGAGGGAGUUUUUGACAUCAAUGGAAAUGUUGCUCAAGGGUUGCUUGACUUGUAAUAGUCAACAAUUAUUUAAUGGAAUGAAACUUUGCUCUACUUCCCCAGCUGUUUUCUAUGUUAAGAAACUUGCUCCAAAAGUGAUGUGGGGUUUAAAUUCAAUUUUUGUAUAAUGAAAUUCACACUUGAAAUGAAUUUUCACCACAUAAUAUUUUUUCUAAG